CAGUGAAGGAAGUAUGUUGCCGUAGAAGAGACAAGGUUCUUAAAAUCUUAUCAAUCACUCUGAUGUUUAAACUUAAGAUAGGGGACAUUUUUUACAACCAUUUUGACGGCUGCUUAAGUACGUGAACAUCAUCAGCUUUGAUCCUCCGGUAAAUGUAAGGACGCACUCACUGGUCAUCUUUGUUCAAUCAUCAGGUCAGUCACAGCUGACCAUGGAGGACAGAACAGACAGUCCCAUAGCUGUGAAGGUGGAGGAGCACUCUCGGUGCGUCAUCCUGACUUAUUUCCAGGGGGACAUCAACAGCAUGGUGGAUGCUCACUUUAACCGUGCUCUCAGCAAAGUCUGCAAGGCCAAGGCGCCGGGAGGAAAGACAAAGAAAAUCCGCAAAACUAUUAAACUGGAAGACAACAGCCCUCAGGGGAGACCUGCUGACUGUUUCUCAGACUCACAGGGCCCCCCCGCAGCAGGACGGCUCCUCAACUUCAGCCCUGUAGAAGACACUCCUGGAUCGUGGUCCUCGUUCACCACCAGGGCGGGAGAGGGCCCGGGGCUGCCGUCUAUCGCCUACUCUCUGUCCCCAGAAGGGCUGAGUCUUACUGGACAGCAAUACGCCACAUCCCUGCUGAACCUGCUGCAUAUUGACCAGGGGCAGAUGGGACCCAGCAUGGCCUCCAGCUCCAAAACAGAUCUGCACCCCAGCUGGACCAUGCCUCAGGGAUUUAGAGACCCUGGGGACCCCGCUGUGGGCUUUGAACAUGGACGGCGUCUGGAAAAGAAGGACUUAUACUGGUAUUGAGGGGAGAGGGGCUGCAGCAGCAGUGACAGGAAACACCACAUACCUGUGGCUCUGCAAAGCCAACUGGCUUUCGGUUAAGCUGUCAGAUAUUCUCUCGACAAACAGGCGUCACUGAGUGUCACCUGAGAA